AUGUAUUUCAUUUACUUUACUAGAACUAGAACUAGAUCGAAAAUUAAUGAAGUUAAAAAAAUUAUAGAUCCAAUGUCACAUUCAGUUAAGAUUUAUGAUACAUGUAUAGGAUGUACUCAAUGUGUCCGAGCUUGCCCCACAGAUGUAUUAGAAAUGAUACCUUGGGAUGGAUGUAAGGCUAAACAAAUAGCUUCUGCUCCAAGAACAGAGGAUUGUGUUGGUUGUAAGAGAUGUGAAUCUGCUUGUCCAACAGAUUUUUUAAGCGUUCGAGUUUAUUUAUGGCAUGAAACAACUCGCAGUAUGGUACGGGUUUUUUUGGCCCAAGUGUAUCUUGUCUUUACUACGAAUUAUUUUCCCUGGUUAACAACAAUUGUAGUUUUACCCAUAUUUGCAGGUUCUUUAAUUUUCUUAUUUCCUCAUAGAGGAAAUAAGGUUAUCCGCUGGUAUACUAUAUGUAUAUCCAUUUUAGAGCUCCUUCUAACAACUUAUGCGUUUUGUUAUCAUUUCCAACCGGACGAUCCAUUAAUCCAACUGUCAGAAGAUUAUAAAUGGAUCCAAUUUUUUGAUUUCCAUUGGAGAUUAGGAAUUGACGGACUUUCGAUAGGACCCAUUUUACUGACGGGAUUCAUCACCACUUUAGCUACUCUAGCGGCUUGGCCGGUUACUCGAGAUUCUCGAUUAUUCCAUUUCCUAAUGUUAGCAAUGUAUAGUGGUCAAAUAGGAUCAUUUUCGUCCCGAGACCUUUACUUACUUUUUUUCCUAAUGUGGGAAUUAGAAUUAAUUCCUGUUUAUCUACUUUUAUCCAUGUGGGGAGGAAAAAAACGUCUCUACUCUGCUACGAAAUUUAUUUUGUAUACUGCAGGGGGUUCCAUUUUUCUAUUAUUGGGAGUUCUGGGUAUUGGUUUAUAUGGUUCCAAUGAACCGACAUUAAAUUUGGAAACAUUAAUUAAUCAAUCGUAUCCUGUAGCAUUAGAAAUAAUAUUCUAUAUUGGAUUUUUUAUUGCUUUUGCUGUCAAAUUGCCCAUUAUACCUUUACAUACAUGGUUACCAGAUACCCACGGAGAAGCACAUUACAGUACUUGUAUGCUUCUAGCUGGAAUCUUAUUAAAAAUGGGAGCAUAUGGAUUGAUUCGGAUCAAUAUGGAAUUAUUACCUCACGCUCAUUCUAUAUUUUCUCCUUGGUUGAUAAUAAUAGGCACAAUACAAAUAAUCUAUGCAGCUUCAACAUCUCCCGGGCAACGUAAUUUAAAAAAAAGAAUAGCCUAUUCCUCUGUAUCUCACAUGGGUUUCAUAAUUAUAGGAAUUAGUUCUAUAACUGAUACGGGGCUUAAUGGGGCCAUUUUACAAAUAAUUUCUCAUGGAUUUAUUGGUGCUGCACUUUUUUUCUUAGCGGGAACGAGUUACGAUAGAAUACGUCUUGUUUAUCUCGACGAAAUGGGCGGAAUAGCGAUUCCAAUGCCAAAAAUAUUCACACUCUUUAGUAGCUUUUCAAUGGCAUCCCUUGCACUACCGGGAAUGAGUGGUUUCAUUGCAGAAUUAAUAGUAUUUUUUGGAAUAAUUACCAGCCAAAAAUAUCUAUUAAUACCUAAAAUACUAAUUAUUUUUGGAAUGGCAAUUGGAAUGGUAUUAACUCCUAUUUAUUUAUUAUCUAUGUUACGUCAAAUGUUCUAUGGAUAUAAAUUAUUUAACAGUACAAACUCUUACUUUUUUGAUGCUGGGCCGCGAGAGUUGUUUGUUUCGACUUCUAUCUUUCUGCCAGUACUAGGUAUUGGAGUUUACCCAGAUUUCGUUCUCUCACUAUCAGUUGAGAAAGUGGAAGCUAUUGUAUCGAAUUUUUUUUAUAGAUAGAUUUCUUUUCAUUUGAUUAAAUCAAAUGAAAAGGAAGUUUUCUUUACAUAACAAAGAAACAAAACUGAAUCGCAAUUCGAAUCAGGCAUGUUUAACGUUUGUGAGAACCGUUUAAAUCAUGAUUUAAACGGUUCUCACCUGCUUAUAAUAAACUUGCUUAUGUCUUGUCCUAUAUUUGUAUUUGUAAGGUCUUUUCUUCCAUUUAAUUAAGCGUUAAUGGAAAUGAACCAUAACUAUGUAGCCCUAUUCCUAAUAGAUUGACCCCAAAAUAGCAUAUCCAAAUUAUAAGAAAACCUAUAAACGCCACAAUUGCAGAACUUGCACUCCGAAAAUUUCGAUUUGUUCGGAUAUGUAAAUAAAUUGCAAAUACGGUCCAAGUGAUAAAUGCCCAAGUUUCUUUGGGGUCCCAAUUCCAAUACGAUCCCCACGCCUCAUUGGCCCAUACUGCUCCUGAAAGAAUACCCAUAGUUAAAAAGAUAAAGCCUAGACUAAUAACA